AUGAUGUCCUGGCAGGAGAAGCGUGAGGGCCCCCAACCAUGUCUUAUCCAUCGACUGGAUCACCUGGUGCUGACUGUGAAGAGCAUUGAGGACACCGUAGGCUUUUAUUCCAAAGUCCUGGGUAUGGAAGUGGUCACUUUCAAGGGCAACCGGAAAGCGCUACGUUUCGGGAACCAAAAGUUUAACCUCCACGAGGCUGGGAAAGAGCUUGAACCCAAGGCUCGCAGACCAGUUCCUGGUUCCAUAGACGUCUGCCUGAUCACAGACACCUCGCUAGACCAGCUAGUGGGACACCUGAAGGCCUGUGGUGUGACUAUUGAAGAAGGCCCAGUGCCCAGAACCGGUGCCAUUGGUCCAAUCACAUCCAUCUACUUCCGAGACCCCGAUGAAAACCUGAUUGAGGUUUCCAACUACAGCACUGAUUUGGCUGUCGACAGAGUGAAGCAUUAG